GAACGCUUUCAAAAAGUCGAUUUUGGCGUAUGAUUGCCACUUUGUCCGUUCUCAUAACCUAUCUCGCACGUAUCAUUGCUAACUCUCUGCCGGCCUUUAUGAUGGCGGAACCACGUGAAAGAACUUUUAUCAUGAUAAAACCAGAUGGUGUCCAACGUGGGCUGGUCGGGACUAUUAUCAAACGCUUUGAGAAGAAAGGCUUCAAGUUAGUAGCCCUCAAGUUCAUGUGGCCAUCUGAAGAACUCCUCAAGAAACACUACAGUGACUUAGCAUCACGACCUUUCUUCCCCGGUCUCGUGAAAUACAUGAAUUCUGGCCCAGUUGUUCCAAUGGUAUGGGAGGGACUUAACGUUGUGAAGACUGGUCGCCAAAUGCUGGGCGCUACAAACCCAGCUGAUUCUCAGCCAGGCACCAUUCGCGGUGACCUGUGCAUCCAGGUUGGUCGUAACAUUAUCCAUGGGUCCGAUAGUGUUGAAGCUGCCAAUAAGGAAAUCUCACUUUGGUUUACCGAGAAAGAGCUUGUUGGUUGGUCACCAGCUGAUGAGAACUGGGUUUACGAAUAAAGCAUUUACUGAGCAUAUAAUUUAUAACCUUUUUUUAUGUUAUCAAAUACAUUAUGUGUAUUGCAAUUUAUGUAAAGCUUAUGUACCUUAUAAGUUUCAAUAAAAUUAUUUUAUGAA